UAAAAAUAAAGUAAGAAAUGUUGAAUAUGUUUCAGGAAUAAUCUUUUGAUCUUGAAUGUGAUUGUUCAAUAUAAUUGUGUGCAAUGUCUUCCCGUGUUUUGCGUAAAUUACAAGGCGAUAAAGAUUUGCCAGAAGAUAUUGUGUCAGAUCCUGAUCUUGAUGUUCCUUACAGUAGUGGUGGUGCUAGACGAAAACAAUUAAAUAUCAAUCGAUAUGAUCUGUUAAGUCAAGAGUCUCAUUCUGAAAGUGAAGUGAAGGAAGAUGAUAAUGAAACCGAGCACGCUUCUGCUGCAGGAAGUCGUAUCCAAAAUAAUGAACAAGUUAAAAGGAAGAAGAAGAAGCGUAAGAAGAAAAGUGGAAAAAACUUAUGCCAUAGGAGCAGUGAAGAUAAUUGUGAGAUUGUUGGUGAGUUUGAUAACGAAUUCGGAGCAGUGGAAUCAAAAGAAUCGGUUGAUUCAACGCAUGUAACUGAAUUUAAUCCUGUUAAAACUUUGUUAAUUGUGCAACAUCGCCAUUUAAAUCCAAAUACAGAGAUGAAAAGGAUGUUUGGUUCGAGAGUCAUACAAGCAGAUCAAAGUAAACGUCGAGGACGAGGAAGUAGGCCGGUAUUGAAAUCAACUUGGAUAGUAUCAUCAAAAGAUUCAUGGCCUCCAGCAAUGGGCAAAUCUGGCUUAGGAAUGGAUUUAGUUAAAAACUCUGGUGGGAUACAUACUUUUUGUUUCACUCAUGGACCAAGUUAUCAACAAACCCAAAAGAAAUUCUUAGAAGCAGUUGAAAGUUUAAAUCCUGAAAAUAUUGUCAAUAUCAUCAACCAGCAGCCAUAUCAUGUUGAUGCUCUACUACAAUUGUCUGAUUUAUGUAAAAUGAGUGAGGAUUUAGCUGUUGCUUCUGAAUUGAUAGAAAGGGCAUUAUAUGGAUUAGAAAUGGCUUUUCAUCCAUUAUUCAAUUUAGCCCAAGGAACUUGCAGACUUGAUUACAAAAGACAAGAAAAUCGUGCCUUAUUUAUUGCAUUGUUUAAACAUGCACAAUUCUUAGAAGGGAGAGCAUGUCCCAGAACUGCUUUAGAAAUUUCUAAGCUCAUAUUAGCUCUUGAUCCUGAUUCAGAUCCUUUGGCAAUGAUUCUUAUUAUGGAUUAUUAUGCCAUUAGAGCUCGUGAAUAUUCAUGGCUUGUAGAGUUGUUUGAUCAAUGGGAUUAUGAAAAAAAUUUUACCCUACUGCCUAAUAUGUCUUACUCAGUAGCUCAAGCCUUAUUUUAUUUAAAUAGAGAUGGUGAUUUAAGCAGGGCUAAUGAAAUGCUUCAGAUGGCAUUAUUGAUGUUUCCUGGUGUUCUAAAACCUUUAUUAGAUAAAAUUGGUGUUAAAGUUGAUUCUAGGGUUGAAAACCAUAAUUUUUUUGGCUCUCAGUCACAAACCAGUCAAUCCCCAUCACUGAAUCAACUAUGCAAGUUGUUUGUAAGCAGAAAUCAUUGCAUGUGGAAGGAUCCAAUAUUACUUCCGUGGCUGGAAAGCAAUGUUCAAGAGGUGUUGAAUAUUGUAGACAACGCGUUGCCUGUAGUUGAAGAAUGUGCUGAAAAACGUGCACAUAGGUACCCAUCUCCUACACCAAGAAAUAUAUUACGCCAUGUAGUGUUAUCGGAUUUUAAAGAUGUUCCAACAAAUAUAGCAGAGGGUAUAAAUCCAGGACCAAUGCUUAGUUUUGAUCCGUUGCCACCAUUAGACUCAAUAAAUUUGUAUUCUAGGCCAAGACCGACUCAUCCCUCUGCUGAAACUGUUAGUACAAUGUCCUAUUUCUUCCAAUCACUUUUACCAAAUUUUAAUGUACCAAAUUUCAACCCCAAUCAGCCCAACAAUAAUUUAGCUAAUCGACAAUUGGAUAUUGCUAUAAAUAAUGAAGAUUUGGCAGAUAAUGAAGCCAAUGGUGAAGAAGCAGCUGGUGGCGACAAUGCUGCUCUUAGGCAAAGUUUGGCUGCAUUAUUAGACUCGAUGCGUGAUUUGCUUCUUAAUCUUCGUUUCCCAGAAGCAAGAAAUGAUGCUGAUGGUGAUGUUGAUGAAGACGACGACGACGACGAUGAUGAUGAUGCAGAAAAUUUGGAUGAUGAUAAUGCAGAUGUUGCUUUGUGAUGAGAUUUCUAAGUCGAGCGUGAUAUAAGUUAUGUGAGUGAACAUAAAUUGCACUUUAGUGUAUUAUAUUCUCGACCAUUGUUCUAAAUGUUCAAAGAAUAAUUCUAUGCAAUAAGCUUCAAUUAUGUACUAUAAAAAAAAAUUUGCUGCCUCUUUGAAUUGUGACUGGUCUUAAUAUUUUAUCUAUAGUCAAUUUUUAGCACAAAUAUGAAAUG